AUGUCAAACUGGGGAUCUUUGGCGGGCAGAAGGCGGCGCCCCAACUUUGGUGGGGAGGAGGAAGAGCCAGGUGCUGUCAUGCCCUCGGCAGUCCCCGUUGGGUCCUCCCCGCCGAAGCCCAUUGGUCGGUCCCUUUUCUUCUCUGAGGCUUUGCGACAAGGUGGAAAGAGCAGUAGGCUGCGGGCGUGUUCUAACAACAUGUGCUUCCUUGUGAAGACACUCAGCCAGCGAACCAGCUCCAACCUGCUGGUGUGUGUGCCAAAAGAGAGGCCGCCCCCGGGUCCCCCCACCCCGCCCGCCAGAGCCGCGCCCCACGCUCUGGCGGCAGGGGCACCCGCGCCCAGGAAGGCCACCGUCACAUACCCGGGGAAGGCGAUCCUGGCAGGCGACAUCGAAAUCUGCAUCACCUUCCCCACCGAGUACGUGAAAACGCAGCUGCAGCUGGACGAGCGCUUGCACCCGCCGCGCUACCAGGGCAUCGGGGACUGCGUGCGGCGGACGGUCCACAACCAUGGCGUCCCGGGCCUGUACCGCGGCCUCAUCUCCCUGCUCUACGGCUGCAUCCCGAAGGCGGCCGUCCGGUUCGGGAUGUUCGAGUUUCUCAGCAACCACAUGCGGGACGCCCAGGGACGGCUAGACAGCACGCGCGGGCUGCAGUGCGGCCUGGGCGCCGGUGUGGCAGAUGCCGUGGUGGUCGUGUGCCCCAUGGAGACCAUCAAGGUAAAGUUCAUCCAUGACCAGACCUCCCCCAGCCCCAAAUACAGAGGAUUCUUCCACGGGGUCAGGGAGAUUGUUUGGGAACGAGGGCUGAAGGGGACGUACCAGGGCCUCGUGGCCACCGUGCUGAAGCAGGGAUCCAACCAGGCCAUUCUCUUUUUCGUCGUGACCUCCUUGCACAGCUGGUACCAAGGGGACAACCCCAACAAGCCCAUGAACCCUCUGAUCACUGGUGUGUUUGGAGCCAUCACAGGCACAGCCAGUGUCCGUGGGAACACUCCUCUGGACAUGAUCAAGACCUGGAUGCAGGGCCUGGAGGCUCACAAGUACCGCAAAAUGUGGGACCGCGGCCUGCAGAUCCUGAGGAACGAGGGUCCCAAGGCGUUCUACAAGGGCACCGUUCCCCGCCUGGGCCGGGUGUGCCUGGACGUGGCCAUCGUGUUCGUCAUCUACGACGAGGUGGUGAAGCUGCUCAACAAAGUGUGGAAGACGGACUGA